AGUCUAUAAAACGAUUGGCGCAACACGUGUUUUGUUUAUUUUUGUUGUGAUAGUUGUUGCAGUGACAUCAGGCAUCGGCUCAUUUGGUUACGCUCGUUUAGAUAUUUUUCGAAUCAUGGAUCCCAUAGUACCUGUCGGUACUGAACUUUACAUCAAAGAAAAUGCAGCAGAAUGUCACACUGACAUGUACGAUAUUUUGGACAGUGAGGCAGCUUUUCCUAUACUUAGAAGAGGUUGUACCUUUUAUUUUGCUAUUCGUUUUAACAGAGAAUAUGUACCAACUCAAGAUGUGGUCAGAGUAAGAUUUGCUAUAGGACCUAAACCAAAUGUUGUAAAAGGAACCAGAGUGAUUCUGCCCAUCAACCCGAGAAAGAAACGUUCAAUAGAUGAUCCAAACCGGUGGUCGAUAAGUUUGAACCGCGUUGAUGGUGAUACCAUCGCUGUCCAAGUGCGUGUUUCUCCUCAUGCUCCUGUUGGUAUCUGGAAAUGUUCGUUACAGACCAACAUAGUUGGCGAAAAAGGCAGAAGAAAUGAUUACGAAAUUCCAGAUGAGAUCUACAUCAUUUUCAACCCAUGGAAUAGCCACGAUGGAGUCUACAUGGAAAAAGAGGAAGAAUUAAAGGAAUACGUGUUGAACGAAGUGGGUAAAAUAUGGUGCGGCACGUUCAAGAAACCAACCGGAAAACACUGGGUGUUUGGACAAUUCGACGACAUAGUUUUACCAUCCGCUAUGUUGUUACUGGAAAAGUCUGGAUUGCCACAUUCGGAAAGGGGAAAUCCCGUGAUGAUUGCCAGGGCAUUGUCAGCAAUUGUGAAUUCUGUUGAUGAUGAUGGUCUUGUGGAAGGCCGUUGGGAUGGCAACUACGAAGAUGGUACCUCGCCAUUUGCCUGGACUGGAUCUCAUGCUAUCAUGGACCAGUUCCUCCAAUCUGGAGGCAACCCAGUCAAAUAUGGACAAUGCUGGGUCUUUUCCGGCGCUACAGUAACUGUUUGCAGGACUUUGGGAAUACCCUGUAGAUCCACAACGAACUAUGUUUCUGCUCACGAUACCAACAGGUCUAUGACAGUUGAUAAAUUCUUUGACAUGUUUGGCAAUAAAAUUGAAGAAAGCGAAGAGGUGGAUUGCAAAGAUUCUUGCUGGAAUUUCCAUGUGUGGAACGACGUCUGGAUGGCCAGGCCGGACCUGCCCCCUGGAUACGGCGGCUGGCAAAUCAUCGACGCCACUCCUCAAGAAACAAGUGACCAAGUAUACAGGUGCGGACCAGCUUCGAUUGCUGCAGUACAAAAAGGUGAAGUUGGAUAUCUGUAUGACACCCCUUUUGUGUUUUCCGAGGUAAAUGCUGACAUUGUCCAUUUUAAAGAAGACGAAGAAUCAGACUGGGGAUUCUCCAGGAUGUCCAUUAACAAAUACCAUGUUGGUAGAAAGAUAAUCACCAAAAGCAUCCACAUCACUGACGAACAAGGUGACUCUGACCUCUGGGACGUCACCUACUUGUAUAAGAACCCCGAAAACACCCCAGCUGAACGCUUGGCAGUCUACAACGCGGUCAGAGGCGUACCAAAGGCUCAACAAUUCUAUGAGAUACCCACCCAAGACGAAGGAGACGUUUUUUUCGAUCUCAUUGAUAUUGAUACCGUGCCCUUGGGUGAGAGUUUCGACGUUGUUGUUGAAAUUGAGAAUAAAUCAAAUGAUGAGAGGAGUAUCAGUGCUGUAUUGAGUUCGGCAUCGGUAUAUUAUACAGGGGCUGCUGGAAGUGAUAUUAAGAAGUCACAGGGAACGUUUAAGGUUGCUGGUGGUCAGAAAGAAACUUUAAGAAUCCACGUGACUCCAGAAGAGUAUAUCGAAAAACUGGUUGAUCAUGGACUGAUCAAAAUAUACGCCAUUGCCAGCGUGGAGGAAACCAAACAAACAUGGAGUGAAGAGGAUGAUUUUACCAUGAUUCUUCCCAAAAUGGCCAUUGACGUUUCUGGAGACUUCAAAGUAGGACAACCUUGUGAAGUCAGCUUCAAAUUCAAAAAUCCUCUCAAUUUUCCACUGACAAGCUGUGUAUACACUUUGGAAGGUCCAGGACUGCAAAAACCUAAAAAAGUGGACUUCCGUGAUAUUGACCCUAAUGAAGAUGUAGCUAUCACAGAGAGCUUCACUGCUAGAAAAGUUGGUGAACGGAAAAUAGUGGUCAGUUUCACUAGUAAGCAGAUACAAAAUAUUUCUGCUAGUAUAAGUGUUACCAUUGAAUAAUUUUAAAAGAAUAAAAACAAAUUUUUGUAAAUACCAGAGAUGUGAGUUGAAUAUUUAUAUUUUAACAAUUUACUGUCUUUUGAAAAUAGUUUUAAUAAGAUUUUUUAUUUUUUUAUUACAUUGUUGUUAACUUCUUGAAUUAAAAGUACAUGGAGACAAA